AAGGAGGAGGAUCACACAGACACACAGCAGGAGAGCACAGAGCUGUGACAGCUCGUCCGACAGACACCACCACUAUCCCCACACUCAACACUUACCCAUCAACUUACUGACUACUUUUUGUGAUGCACGAGGAACACUGAAAGCAGCACAGAACUACUUGGACUUGGACAGCCAGAGGGGAGCACAAAGACAAAGGGCACCCCAGAGAAGAACACACUAAGAAGGGGUGCCCCAUAAAGAAGCCAAGGGAGAAGGGAUACCCCAGAGAGGAGCAUAUGACAAGGGGCAUUCAGGAGUGGAGCACCCACAAGGGGAAUCCUACAGAGGAGCACCAAGAGAAAGGGGGCACACGAGAGAAGGACCCAGACAAGUGGCAUCUUAUAGAGCAACAUAGAGGGCAGGGGCAUCACAGGGAGGGCAGAUACAAAAUAGUGCAUUCCACAUAAAUACAAAGAGAAAGGGCAUCUCAUAGAGAGGCACACAGUAAGAAGGGGCAUCCCAGCAAGUACCACAGAGGGAAUGCCAAACAAGCACAUAGAGUAAGGGUACCCAGAGAUAAGCACACAGAGAGAAGGGGCAUACCAAUGGGUAAAUACAGCAGAGCACCAAUAGGGCUACACUAGGGCAAUCUAGUUCCCGGGGUAAAACAGGAAGGACAGGACUAAAAGAGAGAAAACAGUCCGGUUCAAGGGUAAAGCGAAGGGUCAUUAGAGACUGAGGAGCUUCAAGCAAUGAGACACUCUAGUUCCAUGCCCCUCUUUGCCCACUGGCAAGUAACAAAGUCCUGAUUUCAUGGCUUGCUGUUGGCCAAUUCUCUCCUGCCGGCUACAGGAAGAUGAGCCCCCGUGCCCAAGGGUCAUGCAUCAAUGAGACCAAACACCAGCAGAGAGAGGGCUAAAGGAAAACCCCAGAUCGACCACAGAAGGCAGCAUGGCAAGGUGGCUACUAACUCAAGUGAUUGUCACGUUGGUGUGGCUGCUGCUCGUCAUACGAAGGUCCCUGACCAAUGAAAUUCUAGGGCUGAAAAUCCCACCAGAGCCAGUCCUGAAUGCCAAUACUGUGUGCCUGACUGUGCCAGGCCUCACCCGUCGGCAGAUGGAAGUUUGUAUGCGCCACCCAGAUGUGGCAGCCUCUGCCAUCCAGGGGAUCCAGAUUGCUAUCCAUGAGUGCCAAUACCAGUUCCAAGAUCACCGCUGGAAUUGCUCCAGCCUAGAGACAAAGAACAAGAUACCGUACGACAGCGCAGUUUUCAGCAGAGGUUUCCGGGAGAGUGCCUUUGCCUAUGCUAUAGCCGCCGCAGGUGUGGUGCACGCUGUUUCCAAUGCCUGUUCCAUGGGCAAGUUGAAGUCAUGUGGCUGCGAUGAGAAGAGGCGAGGGGACGAGGAGGCCUUCAGAGUGAAGCUGCACAGGCUGCAGCUUGAAGCUAUGAACCGCGGCAAGGGCAUGGUACAUGGGGUAAUGGAGCACUUGCCUGCCGAUCCCCCAGGGCCACAAGAUUCCUGGGAAUGGGGAGGAUGCAGUCCUGACGUGGAAUACGGAGAACGUUUUUCCAAAGAAUUUUUGGACUCUCGGGAGUUGUUCAGGGACAUUCACGCCCGCAUGAGGCUUCAUAACAACAGAGUGGGAAGGCAGGUAGUCACCGACAACAUGAAGAGAAAAUGCAAAUGCCACGGAACCUCUGGGAGCUGCCAGCUGAAGACUUGUUGGCAGGUAACCCCGGAGUUCCGUGUGAUUGGCUCCCUGCUGAAGGACAGGUUCUAUGGGGCCACACUGAUAAAGCCUCACAACAGGAACACCGGGCAGCUGGAGCAGGCUCCGGCCCCUUUCCGCAGGAGAGCCAGCAUCAACGACUUGGUCUACUUCGAAAAGUCACCGGACUUCUGUGAGCAGGAACUGAAUACGGACUCGGCAGGGACCCAGGGACGGAUAUGUAACAAAACCAGCCCCGGCUUGGACAACUGUGAGAGCCUGUGCUGUGGGCGGGGGCACAAUAUCCUGCGGCAAACGCGCAGCGAGAGGUGCAACUGCAAAUUCCACUGGUGCUGCUAUGUGGUCUGCGAGGAAUGUCGCAUCACCGAGUGGGUCAGCGUCUGCAAAUAGAAAGGCUUACCUGCGCUGCGUCAUUGCAACUUUCCCGCCGCUCGCCUGGGCUCCGCCCACAACUCUGCUCUGGCAGCGCACUGGGCGAACCAAUAAACAGCCACGCAGGGGGAGUUUUGGAAAAUGGUAUGUCCCGAUGAGUUCACCUUUAGCUGCUAACCUGAAUUAGGGUAAAGACAAAAGGCGUGAAAUAAACGCUACAGGCACUACAUAUAAAAGCAUGAGGAAAAUAUCAAGUGACAGACGGCUAAAAGUGUUACCCUCAGCAACCUAUCAGAACUUUGCUUACAUUACCGUGCACCGGGUCUGCUCAUUUGCCAGGCCCGUAGUGAAAUGAAGAUAUAUUUUCCCAAUUUGUGCACCACCAGUACAGCUGACCAAGGUGUUUGCCCUGGUCUAGGCCAAAGAUCAGAUCAUGAAGACCAGAGUUGCCACCUUUUGUG